GAAACUGGAUACAUUGUUUACAGCAGGUCACUAAUGCUGGAAAAAGUACAGAGUCCAGGGAAAUACUUGCUUGUAACUUUCUGGAUUCUUGGAUUUUUUUUGUUUUUUGCUUUUUCUUAACUUUCACUAAGGGUUACUGUAGUCUGAUGUGUCCUCCCCAAGGCUACAAAAUUUGACAAGCUGCACUUUUUCUUAUGCUCAAUGAUUUCUGCUUUAAGCCAAAGGACUGCCUAUAAUUUCAUUAACAAUGUCUUCUAAUUCGGAUACUGGGGAUUUACAAGAAUCUCUAAAGCACGGACUUACACCUAUUGGUGCUGGGCUUCCGGACCGGCACGGACUCUACCCCGCCCGCGGCCGCCUUGUCAUGCUGCCCAAAGUGGAGACGGAAGCUCUGGGACUGGCUCGGUCGCAUGGGGAACAGGGGCAGAUGCCGGAAAACAUGCAAGUGUCUCAGUUUAAAAUGGUGAAUUACUCCUAUGAUGAAGAUCUUGAGGAACUCUGUCCCGUUUGUGGAGAUAAAGUGUCUGGGUACCAUUAUGGGCUCCUCACCUGUGAAAGCUGCAAGGGCUUUUUUAAGCGAACAGUCCAAAAUAAUAAAAGGUACACGUGUAUAGAAAACCAGAACUGCCAGAUUGACAAGACACAGAGAAAGCGCUGUCCUUACUGUCGAUUUCAAAAAUGUCUAAGUGUUGGAAUGAAGCUAGAAGCGGUAAGGGCGGACCGAAUGCGUGGAGGGAGGAAUAAGUUUGGGCCCAUGUACAAGAGGGACAGGGCCCUGAAGCAGCAGAAAAAAGCCCUCAUCCGAGCCAAUGGACUUAAGCUAGAAGCCAUGUCUCAGGUGAUCCAAGCCAUGCCCUCCGAGCUGAGCAUCUCCUCUGCAAUUCAGAACAUCCAUUCUGUCUCCAAAGGCCUACCUCUGAACCAUGCUGCCUUGCCUCCUACAGACUACGACCGCAGUCCCUUUGUAACGUCCCCCAUCAGCAUGACAAUGCCACCUCCUGGCAGCCUGCAAGGGUACCAGACCUACAGCCACUUUCCCAGCCGGGCCAUCAAGUCUGAGUACCCAGACCCCUACACCAGCUCCCCGGAGUCCAUCAUGGGCUACUCCUACAUGGACAGUUACCAGACCAGCUCCCCCGCCAGCAUGCCCCACCUGAUCCUGGAACUGCUGAAGUGUGAGCCCGAUGAGCCCCAGGUCCAGGCCAAGAUCAUGGCCUAUUUGCAGCAGGAGCAGGCGAACCGCAGCAAACACGAGAGGCUGAGUACGUUCGGGCUCAUGUGCAAGAUGGCAGAUCAGACCCUCUUCUCCAUCGUGGAGUGGGCCCGGAGUAGCGUCUUCUUCCGGGAGCUCAAGGUUGAUGACCAAAUGAAGCUGCUUCAGAACUGCUGGAGUGAGCUCUUAAUUCUCGACCACAUUUACCGACAAGUGGUUCACGGAAAGGAAGGCUCCAUCUUUCUGGUUACUGGGCAACAGGUGGACUAUUCCAUCAUAGCCUCACAAGCAGGGGCCACGCUCAACAACCUCAUGAGUCACGCACAGGAGCUGGUGGCAAAGCUUCGUUCUCUACAGUUUGACCAACGAGAGUUCGUGUGUCUGAAAUUCUUGGUGCUCUUUAGUUUAGAUGUCAAAAACCUGGAGAACUUCCAGCUGGUCGAAGGUGUCCAGGAGCAAGUUAACGCUGCCCUGCUGGACUAUACAAUGUGCAACUACCCGCAACAAACAGAGAAAUUCGGGCAGCUGCUACUCCGACUACCUGAGAUCCGGGCCAUGAGCGUGCAGGCCGAGGAAUACCUCUACUACAAGCACCUGAACGGGGAUGUCCCCUACAACAACCUGCUGAUUGAAAUGUUGCAUGCAAAACGGGCUUAGUUACAGCCCCUAGGAGCGCGGCUUCCAAAACACAAAGAGAUUGGUGGGGGGAAAGAAGAACAGGAAGAAAGGGAAAAAAAUAAAAUACUCUGAAUGGCUCCAAGCAACACGAAUGAAACACUUGGUUUAAAGAUAUUGAAUUUAAUAAAGCAUAAUAAAUACUUCAUAGCCAAUAAAUGAUGGAUCAGGGUAUUUGUAUUGCAGACUGUGAAUCAAAGGCGUCACAUCCCCAAAGAAUUCCGCAUAAAAGACGUUGGAACGGAGUGAAUUGAACUCACGGGUGGAUCCCAACACCACAUCAGGAUGAAAAUGGACAGAACAGUGCUUGUAUAGUGAAACUGAUCUCCGCUGUGAAGGAAUCUAGGAACCGAUCUGUGUUAGCCAUUAGGCUUUUGCAGCGGGUGAUUUGAGCUUCCAGAAUUCCUCCGUGGUAAAGCGGAACUGAAACAGUUAUCAAGAGUUCGUCAGCUGCACCGAUCAUAGCCCCUUCCCUCUUCCUUUCCAGGACGCAGCACCUUCUGUCCCGUGAUCGAGGAAUCUGUACUAAAGGACUAGCGCUCAGCCACACCCACUAGUAGCUCCACCAAAUGAUGAAAAGCCUAAUCUUCAAUGUCUGUGUCUUAGACCUGCAAACAGCUAAUAAGAACAGUCUAUGAAUAUGUUAGCUUGCCAUUUUGACUAUGUUCUGGUUUGUUUUGUCAUGUGUUCAUGUUAAAAAAAAGAAAAAAAGCAGGCAGUAUCCCUCUUCUGAUCUUACCUAAAGCAUUAAUUAAUAUUAAGGGCAACGAGUACAAACUUCGAAAGCUUUAGCUCUCGCAUUGUAGGAUUUCAUAAAAAUUUCCAGCAGAAAGGCUUGUUAGACUACAUCAGCCUUUUUAACCAUCCACGUUUGUAGCUCAUUAAAAAAUAUAACACGAAAUGUAUUUUGCUGGGAUGUCAAGUAGUCACAGUUCUAAAUAGUUUAAAACAAAACGGAAGCAUGUUAAGCCACGCGAAAUAAAGAAAGGGAUGCGCAGAUAAAUUGACUCAUUGCAAUCGAUCAUCCCCUAAACGCAGAGAGGAAACGGUGAUCUUUACGUAUGGCCUGGGAAGAUAGUAAAGUGAUUCAGAUCUUCCCCAAAAGGGAAGGGGAGAGAGUGAUACUGACCUUUCUAAGUCUAAAAGUCUGCUGUUGAACAAAUUGGAGGACAGAGAAUUGCGAAACAAACUCUCCAAACGAUGCUGUCAGUAUUAUUCACAGGCGAUGCCACAGAUACAGAAGUCUUGCCUUACUUCACAAUUCUCAAAGGUAGCUGUGCAGAUAUGGAUCAACAUUUGUUUAAAAUAAAGUAUUAAUACUUUAAAGUCAAAUAAAACAGAGUGUUUACAUUCUUUAGGUCCUCUAGGGGGAGGGGGGAACGUGUGAUAUGACAAAAGAGCUAAAGCAGUAAUUACCUUAAUGUUAUUUUUCUGAUUGGUAAUUAUUUUUAACAGUACUUAGUUAUUAUAUGUCGUGAGACACUAAAAUCAAAAACGGGAAUCUCAUUUAGACUUUAAUUUUUUUUUGAGAUUAUCGGCGGCACAAUCACUUGUAGAAACUGUAAAAAAAAAAUGAAAGUUAUCUCCUAGUCCCUUAAUUUUUUCAUAAAUGUUUCUGGCUUUUGAAUAGUUUAUUUAUAUUGUAUAUCAUAGUUUCAACUGUAGACAAUUAUGAUGCUAAUUUAUUGUUCCUUGGUUUCGCAUUUGUCUGAGAUAACCAAGACUGAAGAAACCAAAUAUAUGUGUUUAUUGUAGCAUGUCAAGUUAGCGGAACAUAGUUCAGAGACAGAGAGGGGUCUUAAUGAAUUAAAAUCAUUCACUUGAUUAAA